AUGAAUUCCAUCGCCCAUAGCCUGGCCGAGGCUCCUCCACCCGUUGCCGCGCCGUCGCCCGCGCAUAUCAACCAACAACGCCAAAACCCCCAGCAACAACCCCAGCCGCCGCUAUCACCGUCCCCUUCACAACCUCCCUCCACCUUCGAAACGGCGCCCACGCCCCUCUUGCCACCAAUCUCAUCGCCAUCCGCUCCUCAUACCUCCCUACCGGCUGUCCUCUCCGUUUCCGCUUCAGCGCACUCGCUUGCGCCAAACCCCGAUGAGCUCCCCCCACUGCGACAACCGUCCCCCAGCUCCCCAGCGCAUUACUCCUUCGAGCAACACCAGCAACAGCACCAGAAUCAACACUCCCACCACCACCUGCACCCAGCAUCACCGCCUUUGAGAAAGGACACAAGUUCCUCCAUCUCGACACAGGCCACUACCGCCACACUGGCCUCCACGGAGACCAACAACACAUCGUACAGUGCCGAAACCUCUCCUAACCUGCACCAGUCUAUUUUCUCUGUAAAGGAUGGCUCCGACGUCUCUAACAACCGCCGCACGAGCAGGAGACGUACCGGACCCCUUUCCCAGCAGUCCAGAGAGCGCGCCGCCCUCAUCAGGAAACUCGGCGCCUGUAAUGACUGCAGGAGAAGGAGAGUUGCUUGCCACCCGAGUCACCAUAAUAUGACUUGGGAGGAUGUUGUCAACAAGUUCCACCGCUCCCACAGCCCAACCAUCCAGGAUAUUGCGCCGUCACUCGCCGCCGCAGGCCGACCUCUUAGCCCCGCCCCCGCCAUCACAAAUGUACAGCCCAUGUUCACCCAUGACCCUCAGGAAAUGGACAUCGACUCCAACACAUCCACAUCUCACCAGCCGGGGCGACCCCCGUUGAGCGAAACCCGUAUCCGCACCCCUCUUCCCUCCGGCCCCCGCCUCGAAAAAUCUUUGUCCCUCCCAGGCAUUGAGAGCCUCAAGAACGACCUGCAAACAAAUGUCGGGCGUAUGCUCUCUACCCCAAGCCGUGACCGGUACACUAGCGUCCAGGCUCUCCUACUGUUCUGGCAGGACGACGAGGAGGUGGCAAAUGUUCAGUCGGCCGUCCGGGAGCUUGCCGAUGUAUUUGAUAAGUAUUACCAUUACACAUUCCAGAUCCAACCCAUACCAUCCUCUUCAGAGAGCUGUAAAAGCUCUUGGAGAUGGUUGUCACGGCAGCUCAACGACUUUGCCGAAGACCAUGACCAGCGAGAUGUGUUGAAGAUUGUCUACUACGCCGGACAUACGUACCUCGAUGGCAAUCGGGAGAUGAUGUUGUCAAGCUCAAGAGAUCAUGAACGGGCCUCCACGAUUCGGUGGGGUGGCAUCCAGCAAAUCCUUGAGGAGGCUUGCGCCGACACCCUAAUUAUUAUGGAUUCCGCCUAUUACCCAUCAGCGAGAAUGGUCCGCCAGCAAGGCGUCCUCGAGUUAGUUGCAGCGUCAGUAUCAGAUGAACAUUUUUACUCCCUCGACAGGUGCGCCUUCACCCGCGCACUCGCGGAGCAGCUUCGAACACGGGCGACCCGUCUAAGCCCGCUCUCAGCCGCCGAACUACACUCGCAUUUAUUCGCGCAUUAUCCUAGGAUGUUUCAGGAGAAAAACCCGGAAAAGGAGGUUGUUACGAGUUACCCCUCACCCUUGCACAUGAUGAUGUCGGGUAACUCGAGGCUCCCGUCCAUCUUUCUUUCACCCUUGUAUCAGAGCAGCCCAAUGCGAAACAGCCUCUCAUAUGAGAACAGUCCUCAGUUGCAUCUUUCGAUCCGACUCAACGACGACAAUGUCGAUGUUGAUAGCUGGAACGAGUGGUUGCGCCUGAUGCCCGAAGGAAUCAAGGAUGUCAAAGUUGAAGGCCCUUUUCGGGCCACCUUUCGGUAG